UCAGAACAUUUAUUAAUCGUUAUCAUUAAUUAUGUUUAUGUUAAUAUCUUCUUCUUUAAUAUUAUAUCGUACAUUCAAAUAUUAUAUUGAUUAUGUUGUUACGGGAUGGUGGCAUUAACUGAUUCAAAAUGUCUUAUCCGAAAGAAAUAUCUUACAAUAAAAAAUUAUGAAUUAUUAUAAAAACAAUGAUUAAAAAAAAAGAUAAUUAGAAUUAUGAAUUGAAUUAGGAACUUAUUGGUAUUUUUUCAAGAAAAUUGUAAACAGGAUCAAUAGUUAUAUAUAUAUAUAUAUAUAUAUAUAUAUAUAUAUAUAUAUCAAUAUUGAACAAAGAUAUUGCCAUUAAUAUUAUGCUAUUGAUUUGACAAGAAAUCAAGCAAUAUGCAAAGAAAUUUGGGAUGUUCACGUACUCGUACUCUAGAUUCUUCUGUGGCCAUGAAAUUGACCAUGGGUCAAAAUUCUAUGUUCCAAGAACGGCUACUAAUGGAAAAUCCAAAUUUGUGGCAUGAGUUUAAAGUUAUUAGAGGUGCACAGUAUAACAAGGAAGAAGUAUUAAAAGCUAUAUUGAAUUCUAUAAAGCCUAUAUAUUUGUUACCAGUGAAAUAUCAAGUGCGUGGCGAAGACUCAUAUUUUAUAGCUAAAAAUUGUGGGCCUGCUAUAGAGAAACUAUGCAGAUCUAGUUUAAUUAUUAAAAAUCCACAUGGUAAUCCUCUGAUUUUGACAAUAGUGUUGGGUUUUGCCCCGGUCCAGGAUUUAAAUGUUAAUAUUCAACCACUUCUUCUAACUACUCUGACAAGAAGGUAUGAUUCUAAUACAAAAUCAUUAGAUUUGGAAGCAUUUCAUAAGGAUUUAGAUUUGUCUAAAUCCAUUUAUUGUCCUUUGUCUCAAAUAACAAACUUGGAACAUGUAUUAAAAGUGGCAAAGAAAACAGUGGCCACAUUCGAACAUUUAAAUUUAAAGCAUAAUGAAUUAUACACAUUGGAUGCAAUGCAAUCUUUAGAUUUAAUCUCUUUAAAAUAUAUAGAUCUAAGGUACAAUAGUUUAAUGAACAUGAAAGAUCUUGGGGCCUUAAAAAAUUUAACAAUUGUGAAACUUUGGUUGGAUGGUAAUCCAUUAUGUGAAAAUUAUUCUAGUGCAAAACAAUAUAUAAACUCUGUGAAGGCACAUUGCCCACAUAUAAUUCAGUUAGAUGGUGUAUCUAUAUCUGUUUCUGAUAUGCCAUUAAUAUACAAUAAUUAUUUCAAAGAUAGUACAAAACAAGAACUUGUAUAUCAAUUUGUUACACAUUUUUUCAAUUUAUACGAUCAAGGAGAUAGAACGCUUUUGAGAGGAUUAUAUGAUAAACAUGCUUUUUACUCUUUCAGUUUUAGUAUUCCAUUUUCUAUCGCACAUAAAAGAAAAUUAGUGCAAUUUACUACAAAUAGAAAUAUUUUAAAAAUAACAGAUCCUAAUAAAAGGGAUAAAUUUUUAUAUUAUGGAGAAGAUAAUGUAUUAAAUGCUCUAAAAACAUUACCAAAGACUUAUCAUGAUAAAAACUCAUUUCAAUAUGAUCUGAUAUAUGAUGACAAUGAAUGUAUAGCCAUAUCUAUUUCUGGAUUGUUUAAGAAUAUUGGUAGUGAUCCUCAAGUUCUGUCAUUUAAUAGAACUUUUAUUUUAUCAGUUAGACCUGACAAUGAAUAUAUUAUUACAAAUGAUCAAUAUAACAUUGGUGAUGCUCCAGAUAAUAAAUCUUUAACUAAUAUAGAUAGUACAGUAUCCAAUGAGGAUUUUAUACCUGAAUGUUUUAGCUCAACAGAGAAAUUUGAAAUAAUUACAAAAUUUGGGCAAAUAACUAAAUUAACCAAAGAAUGGUGUAAAACAUAUUUGAAUAAGACAAACUGGGAUAUGCGAAAAAGUAUUCAAAAUUUUAUAAAAGAUUUGAAAAGCAAUACUGUACCGCAAGAAGCUUUUAAAAUAUAAAAUAUAAAUUCUCGCUUAUGAAAACAUAUAUAUUUUAUAUAUAAUACAGUUUUACUAUAUUUU